AUGAAUUGCUCGAUUUUAAAUUUCUUAUCGUCGGCAUCAGAUAUAAUGGACCGUUCAAACUACCAAAUGCCCGGAGCUUUCUCCAACCAAGGUUACCCACCUGUAGCACCGAACCAUUGCUUCGGUCCAACGAGGUACAACCUCAACCCCUGCUUCGGCCCCGCUGUACCACCACCACAGUAUGUUAACACGUGUUUCGUAUCAGCAUCGGCUUUAAGAAGAGCGUACCCACAAAUGGGUCAGCCGCGAUACGAACCCAGUUUCAAAAAAAAACAGAAACUUUUAGAUAUUCGACUCCUAAGGGUUUUAGUUGGAGAACAACAUUGGACACGUUUACUUCUGCUUCUUACGAUUUUAACCAACAACACGAUGUCUGGUUCAGGGGACAAAGACAGGAAACCGUUCCGCCCGCCAGCAUACGAGCGUCCCUAUGGGCCUCCGGAUGACCCUAGGAAUCCUCAGAGACCAUAA